AAUAAUCCAGCUGGUUGGAGUUUUGUUUAUUUGCUUAUCGGAGAAAUAUAACAUCUAGUUACGGUUCAACGGAUAUGUAAAUCUACUAUCUACAGCUUUAUUGAAUCAUCUGCAUCUGCUCUAAGGACAACCUGUUGGUUCAAAAAUCCCUCCAACGACCACAGUAUUUCUAAUUGGAGACGGUUUGCUGUUUGGGAAAGCUUUAGUUUGCUAGUCAUCAGCGAUUCAGAACUGUAAACAAUUGUACCGAAAUAGCUUCUAGCCGAUAUCAGAGCAAAUGAAUACAAUGGAUAGCGUUAGUGGUGUUGUCGAGCAAACAUCAGAAGAUGUUGAAAAAGAAGCAAAACCUUCUAAUGCCGAAGAAAUCAGCACGCUUAAAAAGGAGAAUACACAACCCGAAACUCAUGCAGAUUGCCCACGAACUGGAGAAAGUUCCACAGCAAACGAAAUAUCUUCCAAUAAAUACCCAGACGAGGAAGAUGAAGCGAAACUGCAGGAAAAACUCCAAACUCUCAAGGGCGAUCGAAUUGGUGAGACGAUGUACUCGGAACGCUUCGUCCUGUCGACCAUCCUGAAGCUUUCGAAACAGGGCAACCGGUUGCUAGAGGAGGACGACGAAUUCGAACAUGACCUUUGCAACCUAUGGGACAUGACGAUUGAACCGGAUGUGGUGCGAUUUCUGCUCGAACAGGACGUCAUUGAGCUGUUCCUUGCUUUAGCUGCCAAUUCCGAGGACUAUCGCUUAAUCGAGAUCCUGUUUGGCAUCAUCGGUAACAUGUGCUGUGUGGAUGAGAUGCACAAUCUGUUCUAUCAGCAGAGUCAUCUGCUGGUGGCUUUAUGUGACUUCCUCUCCAUUACCGAUGCUCCGGUGUUAGUUCAACUGAUGCGAACACUGACAACCCUUUUCGAUCGAUCAGACGAUGAACGCUAUCAUUGGUUUGGUGUGAUGAAGAAGGUCGACAAUCUGACGGAAAAGCUAGCGCUCAUCCUCGCUACCAGCACCAACAGAGCACUGCUGGAACAUACGACUGAGACUGUGAACGCAAUGAUCAAUCGCUUUACCGAGGCGGAAGUGGAUUAUGCACAGCUAAAUGAGUUUUAUCGUCUUUUCGCUAAGAGCUGCCUAUUGGAGGGACUGUUCGAGGCCUUUAAACAACUGUAUCCCUUUCCGGCGCGAGAUGCCGGCAGUGAUGGCUUUGACGAGGAAACACUAACACAGAAGGACAUCAAAACGAUGCGUCGCUUUUUGGAGAUUCAUGAGCAUUUUAUCGUGAACGCGAACGAGCUGUACGAGGCGUACGUGAGCGAGGUAGAUCAGUGCGUUCACCGUGUGCUUGCAUCAUUUGUUAACGAAAGCAUACUGUUUCCGGUUUCAAAAAACCAUGUGUGCAUCUUCGUAUCAAUCAGUAACAUUUACAGCGGUAUUAUGUACCACUUCCGGGCGGAAUCAUUUGUAUAUAUGGUGAAAAUUUAUGACCAAUUGGCAGAAGCACUGAAAAAUCCACCGAUGGAAACACCCUCGAGAGCAACCGAGGAUGGUACGGCGAUGGAGGAAGAAGACUCAGCAGAUGAUGGCGGAGAAUUCGAUGUGGAGACCGCCUGUGCGGAGGUUCGAGAAGCAAUAUUUUUCCUCGUUGGACCGAUCGAUGAACAAAUCAUCAGGACGGCUAUUCAAAUGGGACAGCUGAAGGAAUCCACCUUUGAGCAGAUGUGUCGCGAGUUGCGAGAGACGAUGGACGGGGAACCGUUACUAUAUCAGACCUGUGAAAAGCUGAUGAAUGCCGUGAAGCCUAACGGCGAAGAAGUUGACGUUCCAAUGAUCAACCAUGUAGCAGAGUAGACAAACACGAAUAGGCUAAUUUUAAAGGGUACCAUUAAAUAUUCAUACUUCUCUCUCUUAACAAA